AUACGAAUAAUCUGUCAAAGCGUCCUUAUGGCAAGCGACAAAGUGAGACUUUUUCUUGAAACGACACAUUUAGGGGUUCUUUACUCUAAUUAUACGGAAUCAUCGGUGCGCGAGCCCGACUCGCACUUGGCAGGUUUAUUUUAUAUUUUGUUUAUUAACCGUUAAUAUUGUUUGUUUCAGAUCCUAAGUUUAUCUCUGGCGCUCCCUAGUCAAGUUUCAGAUCCACCACGACGACCAAACUGCAUCAAAAUGUCACCAGAGAAAGAACAACAAAUCGACCAGAUAGUCGAAAAACUAGGACAAUUCCUCAACAAUUUGACCAUAGAGCACGAACACUUCGACAUCCGUCUCCUCAAGCUAUCCAUAGAGCAGCAUGUCGAGGAAGAGGAGGAGAAAGAGAUAGUGCUACAGCUCUCUGUCAACGACUGUCAAUUGGUAGACGACGAUCUAGAAGAGAUUGAUCAUCACAGAGAAAAGGCGAAGCUAGAGAGAGAAAAAGAAGCGGAACUGAAAAAGGAACAGGAAUCUGAUACAAGUGAGAAACAAGAUCAUAAUUUGAAAAAGGUACACGAAAAUGAUAUUAAAUCUGAUACUGAUAAAAAACAAGACCGUUUGAGUGAAAAAACCGAACAAAAUAAUAAUAAAAACUCGCAAGCUCAUGAAGAAGCAGAAAAAAUAACCACGGAACAAGAAAAGGAAACAGUUAAUAAACCCGAAGUCCGUGAAAAAAAAGAUAAUAUUUUAAAGAAUAAUGGUAUAGUAAAACAAGAAAACCAGGUCUGUGCUAACGCAGAAGCUAAUAAACUAGAAGAUGAAAAAUUAAAGAAUAAAAAUAGACACCUAGAAAAUGAUGGCAAAGAAGAAGAACAAUUAAUUAAUAAUGACAAAGAAGUACGACCUGAGGUUACGUAUUUAGAUUUGGACGAUAAUGGACAGAAGAUGGUGGAAGCUUUGGGCAGAAAGAAAAAGGAUCCGAUAAUCGUUUACGUACAGAAGCGUAACUCAGGACAAUCCGAGUACUGGUUUCUUAAAAGGAGAUAGGGGUGUGUUUAAACCCAUUCGAGGCAAAAACAAGUGAUUGACAAAAUAAAAUAUCGACAUGUACCUAUCGAUAUUAUCAAAACGUUAGUUAGAGCAAAGAGAAUUUGAAAAGGAAGUGGAUUGUCAAAAAAAAUUUGGAGCCAAAGUAAAUUUACUGCCAUCUUUCGAUACAAGAUUAAAACUUUUAGAACGCCAUUUGACUUUGAUCCGUAUCCUUUCACUGAUACGUGUUUACUUUACUUUACUUUAUUGGGUAAACUUAAAAGAAAUCGUACAAUAUCAUGUGAACAUGAACAUUCACUAGAGCUACGUAGAAAUCUAGGAUUAGCAUGCUUUAUAGUAAGGUUUUGAGGUGUAAGAUAGACAGUAUUGGCCUCCCUAAAAAUUUUCUAAAACUUUCUGUACCUGAUGCGUACUGUAGUAGACGGAGGCGACUGCCCCUACUGACCAUACUGCGCACGCGUACUCGUCUGCGCCUGCACU